AUAUCAUAAAAUCUUUAUGUAGUUCUUAUGGAAUGAGUGUUAAAAUCGAACUAUGGUAAUUCAAGCUAUUCAUUACGUGAAAACAUAUGUAAAAUUUUUAUUCGUGUGACCGUGUAACACUUUUUUAAUGUAUAUACGAUAAUUGUCAAUGGAAAGGGUCAAGUAGCCGUAUCCCUUUAAUAAAGCACGUUGUCCUCGUUAAUAAAUAGCGUUUGACGAAUGCUGAGAAAUACAUACUAUAUUCGAACAGCCGAAAUGCUCAAUGAUUCGUAAAAUAAUAAAAAAAGCGCAAUCGAUUGUUACUGCCUUAAGCACCGUUAAAAAUUAUAAUUAAAAUGAGAUAAAAAUAAUGAAUGCACAGCCAGUGUGCGUAGCGUCAUUAUAUUGAAAGAGAGUUAGAAAUAUUAUAGAAACUGAAAAUGAAAAAAUUCGUAUUAAAUGGAAGAUAUAUGUAUUUCUAAAAUUAUCAGCGUGUUCGAUUCGUAAUUCCUUUGACGCUUGUUUUUUUUUUCUUUUUAAUCAGAACAGACUUUUUAUAUAGAAAACGAUAAAUGUGUUUUCGUCCAGAAUUUGUAUUAUCAUAUUUUAUUGAAUCGGUGAAACAUUAAGAUUAUUCAUAUAUAUGCUUACUCCACGUUUAUUAUCCCGCAAAAAGUAUGAAGGCUAGCCGUAACUUUUCCUCCACAAAUGUGAGACCAAUUUUGCAUUCUGUCGGGGUAUAUAAGUAGCCGAAAGGCCUUCGGCGCCUUUCAGUUCUUUGUUAUAUCGUGAAAUGUGAGCAUUGAAAAUUUAGAAUUAGGUAUCGUUUCCUCUUUAUUCAUGUUAUCAUCGUGACACGUGAUAACACGGUGACCAACUGAAAUACAAAAGUUUGCGUGGGAAGCUGUGUUUCGGUGAAAGUUAUAACUUUCACAGGGUACAUUAUUUAUAAUGGGGCACGAAAUUGACGGUAGAAAAUGGCAACUGAAAGGCGGUCAGUUAAGUAAAUUUAUUAGAAAACGAAUACCGAUCGUGGAAUGGUUGCCAAAAUAUAAUUCCGAAAAAUUUUUAAACGAUAUGAUUGCCGGCGUUACCGUCGGACUUACCGUUAUGCCUCAAGGACUAGCUUAUGCAACGUUAGCUGGAUUAGCACCACAGUAUGGCCUUUACUCUGCAUUUAUGGGUGCUAUGGUGUACAUUGUAUUUGGUUCAUGCAAAGAUAUUACAAUUGGGCCAACUGCACUGAUGGCACUGAUGACUCAUGAAUAUGUACAGGGUAGAAAUGCAGAUUUUGCAAUAUUGUUAGCAUUUUUAUGCGGUUGCUUGCAACUUUUGAUGGCUUUCCUUCGUUUAGGUGUACUUAUAGAUUUUAUAUCAAUCCCAGUCACAGUUGGUUUUACCUCUGCAACAUCUGUUAUAAUUGUGGUUUCUCAGCUAAAAGGGCUUUUAGGAUUAAAGAUCUCCUCUCAAGGAUUUUUAGACACCUUAACAAAGGUGAUACAAAACAUUGACAAAACUAGUUUAUGGGAUACUGGGAUGAGCUUCUCUUGCAUUAUUGUUUUGUUGCUGUUUAGGAAAAUGAAAGAUAUAAAGUUGGGUUUGAGUAAUGAAAAGCCAGAUAAACAUCAGAAGAUAUUAACAAAAGUGAUAUGGUUGAUAUCAACAGCUAGAAAUGCUCUUGUUGUUAUUGUCUGUUCAGCUAUAGCCUACAUGUUCAACUCUGCAGACUCUGGUUCUCAAUUUGUCCUUACCGGUCCUGUGAGAUCUGGUCUUCCACCAUUUGGUUUACCUCCUUUCUCCACACAUGUUAAGAACGAGACACUUGGUUUCAUUGAAAUGUGCUCAGAAUUAGGUGCAUCCAUAGCAUUGGUACCUGUAAUCGGGGUCCUUGGGAAUGUAGCAAUUGCUAAAGCCUUUGCAAAUGGUGGUAAAGUAGACGCCACCCAAGAAUUAAUCACUCUAGGUAUUUGUAAUCUUCUCGGAUCCUGUGCAAGUGCAAUGCCAGUUACAGGUUCGUUUAGUAGAUCUGCAGUGAAUCAUGCAAGUGGUGUAAAAACACCAAUGGGUGGUUUGUACACAGGAUUAUUGAUUAUUCUGGCUUUAAGUCUACUGACACCAUAUUUCUACUUUAUACCAAAGGCUUCUCUGUCAGCAGUCAUUAUCUGUGCAGUAAUAUAUAUGAUUGAAUACGAAGUUGUAAAGCACAUAUGGAAAAGUAGCAAAAAAGAUUUAAUCCCAAUGUUUGUCACAUUUUUAUUCUGUUUGAUCAUUGGAGUGGAGUAUGGAAUCUUGUUAGGUGUAGGAACAAAUCUUGUAUUCUUGUUAUAUCCCUCUGCACGUCCUACGGUACACGUUGAUAAAUAUACAACUAACUCCGGAGCUGAUUAUCUGAUGGUAACACCCGGGAACAGUCUCUAUUUCCCUGCUGUAGAUUUUAUUAAAAAAUCAGUUGGAAAUGUUGCCAUAAAGCAAGGCUUCAGUCAACUUCCAGUUGUGGUUGACUGUAGAUAUGUCCUCGGAGCUGAUUUUACCGCUGCUAAAGGAAUAGCAAUGUUGAUAAAUGAAUUUAACGCUCGAAAGCAGGGUUUGUACUUUUAUAAUCCGCGAUCGGAUGUUAUUGCUGUGCUUAAAGGAGCUUGUGGGGAAGAAUUUCAAUACAUAUCUACCGAAGAUGAACUUUCUUACUUGUUAUCAACUUAUCAAGAUAAGUCAUCGCAACAGCUUUUGGAGAUAACGCGCGAUAAAUCUCACGAACCUUUGAUGUUAAAUAAUCUCGAAGUUAUUCAUCGUACCGGACGUUCAUGCCAAGAGUUGAAUGAAGUCACGACCACACUGUUGCAUGCUACAGCUAGUUAGAAUAAUAAUAUGUAUUUUGUUGGAUUUCGAAAGUUUUAUUUCACUCCUUUUAUAAAGCUUUAAACUUAUAA